AUGUCUUGUGCAAAGCCAGACUCUAUUCAAGAUCAGCUGGAUCGUCUACUUCUUGAACCUCCUGCUUCGGUUCUUGUUAAGGCCACCUCUACUGGCCGCAAAGCCUCUAUGAAGAGUUGUAGGCCCCUUUGGGAUGAUCUAAUCCAUUACAAUGAAGUCUUCCAGGACUUGCCUCGGAUUGUAGCUGGCGACUUUAAUGCCAUUAAGGACCCAUCGGAUAGGGUGGGGGGUUCGAACGCUUGGAUUCCAUCUUUUGACGAGUUUCAUUUAUGUUUAGCUCAAACCGAGUUGGUGGACCUUCGAUACAUUGGCCUCCGUUUUACCUGGUCUACUUCCUUUGGUGCUGCAAGGAAAAUGCGCAAGAUUGAUCGGGUCCUUAUUAACAAUCUGUGGAACCAUCGGUUCUCCUUCUAUCAAGCCUCAUUUCUCAAUCCGAGUAUAUUUGAUCACUCUCCUAUGAUUGUUAGAGUGCUUGAUCCGGUGUCGAGAAGGAAGCCGUUUAAAUAUUUUCAUUUUUGGUCCGAACACCCGGAUUACUCGUAUUGCAUCAAUCAAGCUUGGAAUACGCCAGUCUUCGGAGUGCCGAUGUUCCGCCUCGUGUCCAAGCUGAAAUUGGUUAAAGCUCGCCUCAUAUUACUCAACAAAGAGUCUUUCUCCAACAUUUCGAUGAAGACGGCUGAAGCUAGAGAAGCCCUUCGCAUCACUCAGGUUGGGCCUCAUGAUGAUCCUUCUAAUUCAUCUCUUGCUGACCUGGAAAAAAACCAGUGA